ACCAGCUCUCCUUCACUCCACUUCCUCAAACUGAUCAGCUCACACAGUGCAGCCGUCCAGCCUGCACGCGCUCACCGUCCCCACCUCCAUCUGCAGGAAACGAAACCGACCACCAGCAGCCAGCAGACAGCAGCAGCAGCAGCAGUCCCGGUGCUGUGGUGGCCCUAAUGGCAGCUUUGAGAGCGAGCAGAGGCCGGCAGAGAGGACACCCAGCAGCCCUCACAACGCUCACCCUGCUCUCCGUGCUGCUCACCUGCUGCGUCAGGUGUGCGCAGAGCGCCAAACCGAGCAACAUCAUCCUCAUCCUCGCCGACGACCAGGAUGUUCAGCUGGGUGGGAUGACUCCUAUGACAAAAACUAAGGCCUUGAUUGGAGAUGCAGGAGCAACAUUUGUGAACGCUUUUACAGUCACGCCGCUGUGCUGCCCCAGUAGGAGCAGCAUCCUGACGGGUCAAUACCCCCACAACCACGAGGUGAGGAACAACUCCCUCUCUGGGAACUGCUCCAGCCUUCUGUGGCAGAAAGGCCCCGAGUCUGAGGCCUUCCCCAUCUACCUCAGCAAACAGAAGUACCAGACGUUCUUCGCUGGGAAAUAUCUUAACCAGUACGGGAAGAAAGAAGCAGGAGACGUCGACCAUGUUCCACCCGGCUGGGACCAGUGGCACGCACUGGUGGGAAACUCCCAGUACUACAACUACACCCUCUCAGUCAACGGCAAAGAGGAAAAGCACGGAGACAGUUAUGAAAAGGACUACCUCACAGACCUCAUAACGAACAGGUCUCUCCACUUCUUGGAGGACAGGAGCCCUCAGCACCCGUUCUUCCUGAUGUUGGCUCCUCCGGCUCCUCACUCUCCCUGGACGGCAGCACCUCAGCACCAGAAAGCGUUCAGCAACGUUAAAGCGCCUCGAGACGGGAGCUUUGACAAACCAGGGAAGGACAAACACUGGCUGCUGCGUCAACCUAUCAACCCCAUGCCGGAUAGCUCACUCACCUUCCUGGAUAAUGCGUUCAGGAAGAGGUGGCAGACCCUCCUGUCUGUGGACGAAAUGGUGGAAAAGCUGGUCAAGAAACUUGAUAGCAUAAAGGAACUGGACAACACCUACAUCUUCUACAUGUCAGAUAACGGCUACCACACAGGUCAGUUCUCUCUGCCCAUUGAUAAGAGGCAGCUGUAUGAAUUUGACAUCAGGAUCCCCCUCAUGGUCCGCGGUCCAGGCAUCAAACCAAACCAGACACUGCAGGCUCCAGUGUUGAAUAUCGAUCUGGCUCCAACCAUACUGGACAUAUCCGGCCUCAACCUGUCUUCUGUGAACAUGGAUGGACAGUCUUUCCUCUCUCAGAUGGCUCCUUCACUGCGUAAUGGCUCCGCACGCCCCUUUUUCCUUGUUGAAUACACCGGAGAGGGACAUCCGACAACAGACCCGUCCUGCCCCAAACUCGGCCCUGGACUGUCUCAAUGUUUCCCAGACUGCGUGUGUGAAGACGCCUACAACAACACCUACGCCUGCGUCAGGACCCUCGACAGCGGACACAACCUGCAGUACUGCGAGUUUGCAGACAGUGAGUCAUUCGUAGAGGUGUAUAACCUGACCUCUGACCCCCACCAGCUGGAGAACAUCGUGAAGAAGGUGGAUCCCACCAUCCUGCAGGUGAUGAACCAGCGGCUCAUCAAGCUCCAGUCCUGUGAGGGUGACAGCUGCCGCGACGUCAAAUAAAGAGGUGACGGACCUCAGCGCUGAGUUUACACUCUAAAAAAAAAAAAGAAACAGCCAUACAUCGACCCCCAUCAUACUCAGAGGGGAGGGGGCGGAGCUGGUUUUACGUGACUACAGACGGCGGCGGAUAUUUUGACAUGUUACAGUAGGAAAAGUACAAGUGUGAAUAAUAAAAUGACUCAUGGCUGAAUUCCAUUUAGCUGCUUCAGUUUCAGGGUCCUGGUUUUGUGCAUGCUGGCUCACUGCCACACUGUCAUG